GCUUCGUAUUUGCAGUAAUUCGGGACUUUUCCGUUCUUCCAGUAAAUCGAACCUGCUCGUCGCAUCAGUGCACGUUUCGUUCGCCGAUUUCCGCGUAACAAGCCUUUGUGGGCCGGGGCCAGAGCUCUCGGCGAUCGUGGUUCACGGUCGUUUCGUUGCCCAGUCGCACAGCUGUCGCUCGUUUUUUUCCUCGUUCCUUGUACCGUAGCGUGCGACACGAAGGGAAGAGCCACGGAAAACGGUCGUUGUGCCGGGUAUCUCGCCGUUUUCCGCUCGUGUUCGCCGAUCGAGAGUGUGGCGUGCGCCGCUGGAGAAAUCGCGAUGCGACAACGCCGGGUGAUGCUCGAUUUGCUGUGGCAGCGGCAACAGGAAGAGCAAGACGUACGGAGAGCAAGAUAGACGAAAAUAGAAGAGGUAUAAAGGAACAAACGGUCCGCCGUCGGCCGCCUAGUCAGAUCGCGGCGAUUUUCUACGAGGAUAGCGAAAGAUUGGAGCGGGCCGUUUCGCGAUUGAAACCGUUCGGCUGGGUGACACCGUUCAUUGUUUACCAACGUCAGUGCGGUUAGGCCUAGGACUCGUCGGGUCGGCCACGGUGGGAGGGAUUAAAACGCCGGGAGAAGGUACAGGAGGAAGGCUCGCAGAACGCGUGUUCCGUGAGUUAAAAGGCGAGAAACGGCCGGAGGGGAAGAGAGGUAAGCGAUAACGGGGAAGCGGGCAAGCGAGAUGCAUUCCAGAUGGACGAUGACGCCGCACCGUCUGUAAGAUUAGCGUGGUUUCUCUGUCGCGUCGCGGUUACCUGUCAUUGUCGUGUCAGGACGUAUCGACGGUCGUCGGGCGGGUUAUGACGCGCGCUUAACGCGGUCCGUGCACGAAUAGAAUCGAGCGUGUGUCGAUCGUGCACAACAUGGAGUCCGGAACGUCGACCGACCGGUCGUCGACGAGAAAGGUCUCCUUCGUCACGUCGAUUAUGAGGAAAUUUCGUAAGGAUUCCUCGCGAACGGAGGGUGCCACGAUGAAUUGGCCGAUGUGCGCCCUCUGUAUCAUCAGCCUGGCCGUGUCCGGUCUACUGAUGUACAGGGAACUAGGACUCGAGUCUAGAAUCGCCAACUUGGAGGCUCGCUGUCAGCGCCAGGAAAUGCCGGACGUCAUUAUUCAGAGGCUGAAGAGGGAAGUACAGCAGCAGAUCAAGGUCCGUCGCUACACGCCGGAGCUCAGCGCCUUUCGGAUCAAACGAGACCUCCCCGCAUGCAAUUGCCCAGCAGGUCCACCGGGCCCAGCCGGAAAGAGGGGGAAGAGGGGAAAGAAGGGCGACUUAGGCCCCCAGGGCGUGGCCGGGACGCCGGGCAAGAACGGGUUUCCGGGACCCAUCGGGUUGGACGGACCCAAAGGUGAUCCGGGUCGACCGGGAGAGAAGGGACAGAAAGGCGAACUGGGGAGUCCCGGGUUUGACGUCUUUUCCGCAGUAAAGGGACUUCAGGAGCAAGGGCAUAAUAUCUCAGCGCAGACCAUCAUACAACUGAAAGGAGAGCCAGGAGAACCUGGCCCACCGGGCCCAGCGGGCCCUCCGGGGGCCGAAGGGCUUCCCGGGCACGAGGGCAGGCAAGGAGCACCAGGUGACGUCGGACCGCCCGGGGAAAGGGGACCACCAGGACCGAUCGGGCCCAUUGGGCCCUCCGGAACGCCCGGCCUUCAGGGCCUCAAGGGUGACAGGGGCGAUAAAGGCGAACGGGGAUUAACGACGUCCUUGACCGGCGAACCGUUUCCAACUGGAAUAUUGGAAGCAAAGCCUGGUCCACCAGGACCACCUGGGCCCAAGGGCGAGAAGGGACCACCUGGGCUGCCGGGAUCGAAUGGUCUCCGGGGAAAGACAGGGAAGAAGGGUUUCAAGGGUGAAAGCGGUGUGGCAUUGAUGAGAGGCCUACCCGGCCUACCGGGCCCAAAGGGUGAACCCGGUGAACGGGGUUACCGAGGCGAAAAAGGAACCAUGGGAGUUACGGGCUUUCCAGGACCGAGGGGAGAACAGGGACUUCCCGGGCCGCCCGGUCUGAACGGAACGGAUGGAGAAGUCGGGAUCCAGGGUCCCCCGGGAUUGCCAGGCAUAUCCGGGCCUAAAGGUGAGAAAGGUGAAAACGGGGAUAUCGGACCUCCGGGACUUAUGGGGUCCCCGGGUUUACCCGGUCCUCCGGGCUACCCAGGUUUGAAGGGCGAGAAAGGAGAGAAAAGCGAAUCGAAAUACAAAAAGCUCAGACGGAGGCAGGGUGACGGUACGUUCGAAGUGAAUGCCGGAGAAGUGAUAAUGGGCCCGCCAGGACCGCCCGGUCCAGCUGGCACCCCUGGGCUUCAAGGUCCUCCCGGAAUCAAAGGCGAUCGAGGACACGAUGGCGCUAAAGGCGAUCCUGGAGAGAAAGGUGCCAAAGGAGAUCCUGGUCCAAUGGGACUGCCCGGCCCCAUGGGACUUAGAGGAGAAUCCGGAAAACCCGGGGAUUCCGGGAAACCUGGUGUCAUGGGACCACCAGGAUUAGACGGCAUGAAGGGUGCACCGGGAGAACUGGGCACGAAGGGAGAAAGGGGGGAGCCUGGACUACCUGGUACUGAUGGAAUUCCUGGCGCGGAGGGACCGAACGGAGCGAAAGGUGCUAAAGGCGAUUUAGGAUCGGCAGGGAAACGAGGAAAGAAAGGGGAUAAGGGCGCCAAAGGGGAUCAGGGCGUUCCAGGACUCGAUGCGCCGUGUCCAUUGGGUGCUGAUGGACUUCCGCUAGGUGACUGCGGAUGGAAAUCGCCUCAGGGCCUCACUAGCACCUCAGUUCCGGCUGUCGAAGGUCCUGAGCUAGCAGAGACGGAUUACGAAGAACCAGGGGAGGAAUAUGAAGAUUAUCCGGACUCGAACGGAAAUCUAACCGAGCAAUAAAUGCUCGUUCUGCGCUGCACUAAUCAUCAACUACUACUACCACCACUACCACUACCACCACCACCACCACCACCAAAACCAUCACCGCCGUCGCCCUCAUCACUCGUCUCACCUUGCUCUCCCAAACUAACGUGGUCCUGGUAAUUGCAAAUCCCGUAGACAUACUAACUUCGUUUGCACGUUGAGAAAAAGCAGGACGACAAAAAUAUUUGACGUCUAACAGCUUUUAAUUCUCAAAACGUUUAGCAAUAUACGCUUCUUAGUUGCGUUAACUUCCGCUCUUCUUACGAUUAGUUCCGUUACUUUCUUAACCUGCCUCUACUCGCAUGCUCUGCCAGCACAAUCUCGCACAAUCGAUGGUAUCUCAACACUUUUA